AUGGAAAACUUGUUCGAUAGAUUGGGUGGUGCCACAGUAUUCACCAAAAUAGACCUGAAGGCAUGUUACUGGCAACUCCGAAUUGCUGAAAGAGAUGAACACAAGAUGACCUGUGUGACAAGAUAUGGGUUGUACGACUUCCUAGUCAUGCCAUCCGGCUUGACUAAUGCUCCAGCCACAUUUUGCACAUUGAUGAACCAAAUUUUCCGAGAGUACAUCGACGAGUUUGUAGUAGUCUACUUGGACGAUAUUGUGAUAUAUAGCAAGACAUUAGAGGAACACUUGGAGCACCUGCGGAAGGUCCAAGCCCGACUGCGGGAGCACAAAUUAUAUGUGAAGCUAUCUAAGUUCACAUUCUCCCAAAAGCAGAUUGAUUUCUUCGGACAUGUCAUCGAGGAUGGACGGAUAAAGAUGGACCAACAGAUGACUCAGGUUGUCACAAAUUGGCCGCCGCCUAAGGAUAUCCACGCCGAAGAGGGCGUUCCUUGGCCUGAGAAACUUUUAAUGGCAAUUUGUGAAGUACUCCCUCAUUGA